AUGGCUACCAGCGAAGAAUUCUGCGACGCCCACGGCGUAACCACAGUGAAGAGCGACGUGGCGACGAUAUCCCUGCCCGCAAGAUUGCCACAAUUUUGGCGGCAAAAUCCCCGCCUCUGGUUUGCGCAAUUCGAGGCAGCCGUCGCCGCCAGCAAGAUAGGAGAGGAGCAGAAAUUCAACCUCGUCGUACCACUGCUCGGCAACAGCGACCUAGAACAGAUCGCCGACAUCAUUCUGAACCCCCCAGCUACCGGUAAGUACAGUACGCUAAAGGAACGGCUAAUCUCCACGUACCAAGAAUCUAACCAUCGCCAGCUACAGAAACUACUCAGUGGUCUCGAGCUCGGCGACCAGAAGCCCAGUCAACUACUCCGCAAGAUGCGUGACCUCAGCGGCAAACUCCUGUCCGACGAAGCUCUCAAAGUAAUGUGGUUGAAUCAACUCCCUACACAAGUACGCGCCGUAAUCUCCGUAAACACCGAGUCGUCACUUGAAAUGCUAGCCGCCAUGGCUGACAAAAUGAUGGAGCACUUCGAGCCUACUUCCAUCAACGCAGUCUCAACAACCACAACAGCGUCAAAGCGCGGGAAACUACCGCCGCUACUCGCGCUUCCCACAUCGCAACCGUUCACGCUCGCAAUCACGAUCCAGACAGCGUGGGCAGAGUAG